UAACACAUUCGCAGUUUGCGCUGACUUUCCGUCGAAAAAGAAUAUUUUUUAUUGCGGUCGCUAAGAAAAUUUUUAAUUUUCAUUGAAAAUCUAUGAAAAAAUUCUUUAAAUAUUAAUUUCAAAUUGGAAUGCAAAUUAUAUAACAAUCAACUAUACUUCCUUUAUGAAAAUUCUAUCAAAAAUAUUCGGCAUUACAAAACUGUAAUAAAAAAAGUUACGCGUGCAACGAGGCAGACAUAUACCGGUCGCAGAAAAAAAUCUAUGCAAAAUUAAAAAAAUAAAAAAAAUUAAUUAGAGCACGAGAACUUUGUUGUAGUGAGCUAAAAAAAAGAAUUCUUUUUCAUUUAUAUAUAGAAAAAAUAUAUAUAGAAAAUACAUUGUAUAAAUUAAAAAGCGAAAAUAAAUUUCUAAUUGCAUUGACCACCUGCAAUUAUUUAUUCGUUUUUUUUUGCAAAUGAACUUUGAAGUGAUAAAAAAAAUUGUAAAUUAUUUGAACCACCUAAUGAAGGUGCAUGUCAGUUAAAGAGCUCCCUAAUAUCAUCAGGUCAUUGAAUUCAAGGGGAAUAAAGAGUGUGUGUGUUCGCGUAUAUGAGUGUCUCAAUAUUUCUUGUUUGGAAGUGUAAAGCAGUGUAACAAAACAUAAAAUCUAAAAAUAAUUAAAAGUUAAUUUAUAGCCAAACAGACAGUCAGUCAGACCAUUAUCUAAAACGUGAUGUCACAACACGUGCAAGAUCCCGCUGUAUUUGAGAGACGUUUACGUCCAAUUUAUGACAACUUGGAGCUUGGCAAUCAUCGAAAAGCAUUGCAAGAGAGCGAAAAAGUUUUAAAAAAACAUCCAAGUCUAUUGUGUGCCAAAGCACUUAAAGGUCUGGCGCUAUUACGUCUGGGACGUUACGAAGAAAGUCAUAGUUUUUUGCAAGCAGUUGCCGAUGAAAAGCCUGUGGAUGAUGCUACACUGCAAGUGCUGUCAUUUUGCUACAAAGAACUAGAGCAAUUGGACAAAAUUGUGGAGAUUUAUAAUUACGCUGUUAAACAAUCGCCCAACAAUGAGGAACUAUUGGCUCAUCUUUUCAUAUCGCAUGUUCGUUUGGAAGAUUUUAAAGCACAACAAUCGGUUGCAUUACAAAUGUAUAAGGGACAACCUAAAAAUGCCUAUUAUUUUUGGGCUGUUAUGAGUGUUGUAUUACAGGGAAUACGAGGCCCUGAAAGUCAUAAUGAAAUGAAGCGUAAAAUAUAUUUGUCGUUGGCCCAACGUAUGGUGGAUAAAAUGAUCCAAGAAAAUAAACUGGAAUCGGAGCAAGAAGUCUAUUUGUAUUUGCAUAUUUUAAAAUUACAAGAGAAAUUCAAAGAAGCUUUAGAAUUCCUGAAUGGACCGGUGUGCGAAAAAUUAUACCCAGGUGCUCCCAUCUACAUGAAGAUAAACUUAUUGAAAGAGCUCAAAAUGUGGCAAGAUUGCAAUGUGUUGCUUAAGGAUUUAUUAAAGGAUGAAGAUGAUCGUUGGGACUACUAUCAGGAUUAUCUAACCACUUGCUUUGAGCUGCUAAAACUUCAGCAAAAUGAAGCGAGUCCCGAAAAAACCGACGAAGAAAAAGAGAAAACCACAUUGACCGCUUUAGAUGAGUGCCACGAUUUUUUGUGUCAGCUUAUCGAAUCUGCAGAGAAGAAGGUGCGUGGUCCUUAUUUGGCCCGCUUAGAGUUGCACAAACGUAUGCGUGAGCUUGAUAUGGAUGCCCAAAAAUUGUUGGGCGAUUUUGGCGAAUUAGUUCUAGAAUAUUUCCGCUUAUUUGGUGAUAAACCCUGUUGUACCCAUGAUAUCACCUUGUUUUUGCCUUCCAUUUCAAUGCCAGCUAGACAAGAAUUGGCCAAUAAAUUGUUGCUGGAGAGCGGCAUUAGCUCAACCACAUUACCACAAAAUAAAGAACAAAUGCAGAAACAUAUUUGUGCUUUGCAAGUUUCACGCAUUUGUGGAUCACAUUUGGAAUUAGAAGUAGAGCAUAGUUUAGCAUUUUAUACCGCAUUAAAAUUGCACUAUGAACAUGGCUUAAGUUCAUUUGGCAAAAAUUUAUUACCCACAGAUAUGGGACCCUCAGAUCCUUAUGCAUUAUUAGCAGCUAAUGUUAUGUACGACAUCAGUCAACAAGAACAAACUUCGGAUCGCAUUUUUGAAGCCCUCUGCCUGCUGCAGUAUGUUUUACGCAACAGCACCAGUAAUUUCCAUGUAAAACUUUUAAGUCUUAAAAUCUACCACAUGCUGGGCUGUCAUUUGGGCGCCCAGGAGAUGUACGAUUAUUUGGAAAUCAAACAAAUACAAUUGGAUUCCAUGGGUUAUAUACACUGUAAUCCCCUGGUGUUAUCUGGUCGUUUCUCCAUGUGUCGUUCGGUGUUCGAUUCAACAUUGAAAUUUUUCACCAACAGCUACAAGGAGCGCUUGGAGUAUAUAGCGCUGACCUAUCGUUUCUGUACAUUUUCAAAACUGGAAGAGUUUAUGAAUUUCAAAGAACGUCUAACGAACAGCUUACAUUAUGUGUCAAGUUCCGUAGAGGCUCAAUUGUGUGAUUUGGUUAUGCUGUAUGGUAAUGUUCAACAAAAUCUUAACACCUACAUGGUGAUGUCCAUCGAUCCCGCAGAAGAUCGUAUUUCAUGGCAUGAAUUAAGUGACAAUCGUGAUUUGGGUGCUCUCAUACGCUGGGAUCCUGUACAUUUAGUGGAUGUGGAGGAGCAACGCAAAGAGUCGUUCCAUCAGGAAACCGAAGUAUUGCAUAUACGUUCGCUGCUGUUGCGUUUAAUCGCCUCUUUCGUUGAUCUUUUCCAUCCAACACUGAGUGCUAAGUAUUGUCGAGCUGCGGCUUACAAUGCCAAGGAAUCUCAAAAUUCGAUUUCCACACCUGCCAAAGAAAUCGCCAUCAUAGAAUCGUUGUGCGAUUCAUGGCUGGAAGUUUUUAAACGUUUACGUUCGGCCGAUAUUAAACCGUUACACAAUCGUUUUCUAGUCAAUCUAUUGCCAACACGUUUGCAUUUACUACUCGAGAUGCCAUAUGAAAAGUUCUUUAGUGAUUUGGCCACUUUAGUGAAGCAAAUGUAUGUGGGCGAUACCAAUCUAUCGCUGCAAUGUAAAGUGGUCAGUGAUAAUGUGGUGGAUGUGGUGAACUUGUGUGAAUCGACCAUAAAAGAGAGCGAUGAUGCCACCGCAGAUGGUCUUUGGCGAAGGCGUGAGUGGCAAAGUAAAGUGGCUGUGUGUUUAGAGAUAAUUUCUCUAUAUGCUUUCAUUUUACAAGCAAUACACGAAAAACUCCAAGCAUCACCAAAAACCAAACAAAAACGAAAGCAAAAUGCUGAAGCCGAAAAAGUAAUAAGUGAAAAAGAACGUUGUCAACUAAUUAUUGAAUUGAUGCGUCAAUUGAAAUUAGAAAUCAAACGUUGUGAUAAAUUAUUAAUUAAUUGGAAAACACCAGCACUGCCUAGAAAUUUAAAUUCCUUUAUGUCUGAUAUGUCUUUGAAACCCGAAGUGGAGGCUACACUGAUAGGUGAUGUUGCUUCAACAUUCAGAGAAUCCCAUGAAUUUAUGGUAACCGAAUUGAGGAAUCUAUUAAAUGAUAAAGUUCGCAUGUUAUUAAGUAAAUAAAACCAUACGUAGUAUACUUUAUAAUAAACAAAUUAUUAAUUAAUAUAAUAUUAAUUAUAUUUAAAAUAAUAAAACGAUUUAAGGCGCUUUUUUUGUUUUAUGAAACAUGUGUGUUUUUUUAAAGUCUGCUGUUUUUUUUUAUCUUUAUCUUCUCAAUUUGUUUAAAAUUUAUGAUUAUAUUUCGUUCAAGUAAUAAAGUAAAACAAAGAUAAGCAUUACAUUAUUAUUUUAUACAAAAAUAUACAUAUACUGGAAUUAUAUUAAUUAAAUAAAAGUCAAUAUAAAAUCAACAUUUAAAAAUUCAUAUAAUAAACUUAUAAAAUGAUAAAUUGCAAUUCUUUUAUUGUUAUUUAACUUCUGAUAGAGUUGUUUCUUAUUAAAUAUAGUUAUUUUCAACUAUUUUUUUUAUUUAAAUAUUUUAUAUAAUUUAGUGUGAUUAAAUAAAACACAAACAAAUAAAGAUAAAAGAUUUUAAUAAACAUGUAAACAA